UUUGGUGAUUACAAGUGCAUUGCUGCCAAUGGACUGAGUCCCACUGACGACAGAAUAGUAAAAAUAACACAGAUAAGUAAGAUUUGCUUGUUGUUUUCCUGCUAAGUGUCGAUCAUGUCAUCCUGGAAAACAUUUCGCCAGGGAAAAAAAAAAGAAGACUUAUGUCCUGGCUGAAAACUAUAACUCCAUAUCUGCUCUGCUGUGAAUGAGGAAACGAGGAAACACUAACCUUUCCUAAUUAGAAAAAUACUGUAACUGCUUUCAAAUUUUGUUUAAUCAGAGGGUUACUUGCAGUCUAACAAAAAUGAAUGUGAAUGUUAUAGCGACCGCUGACAGGGAAGAGUUGCGUGUGAGAUCAGCACAGUAUUGAACUUGCACUCAGAUGUUUUUUCUCUUUUUUUUUUCGCAAAAUUGAGUAAUUUGGUAGAUGCCUGAAAGUCUCAAAGAAUCAGAGUUGUGGCUCUAUUAACAAUUCUACGGUUUUUUACAUCAGAACACAUGCAAUGGCCACAUCGCAACUCAAAAACAAACAAUAAAGUGUAAUGUAUCUCAACGAUGGGCAUAUUGUCAUCGAAAAGACCAAAUAGUUGGCAAAAAACGAAAGGCAUUAACAAAAGCGUGGGGUCAGUCUGUUCCCAGUAACACCACGUAUACUUUUUCAGCUUUGACCAUUGAUUUCCUUUUAUCAAGUGAGCAGAAUAUUUUGAAAUGUUACAUUACUGAACGCAAGAUAUACGUUAUCGAUUGGUCAUAUUGUUAAAUUUUGAUGCGAUCAUAGAAAAAUGGAUAGUUCAGCCCUUUCUUCACUGUUUAUAGCAAAACCAGGUGCACCAUCCAUAGUGUCAUCAGAAGAAGGUAUUCAAGCCAGUUCACUAACGCUACGAUGGACACCACCUGCCGAUGAUGCAGGGAGUCCUAUCACAGGAUACCGAGUGAUCAUAGUAAAGGGUAACACUGAGAUAAACAGAGUUAAUAUUUCUGAUCCUGGUAGAACAAGCUACACUUUUGGGGGUCUGGAGAGAGAUACAAACUACACAGUGAAAGUCUUUGUAAGGAGUGCUAUUGUUGAAGGAGAUCCUGUUGUAAUCACGGUGACUACAAAGGUUGAAGGUCCCCCGGCGGCAGUGGCAAUAUAUGACCUGCCCAGUGAAACAACAGAUGAUGAAAUCACCUUGAAGUGGAAGGAGCCAGAAGAUAAUGGAAGAGAAAUUACACAGUACACUGUGUACCAAAGAUUAGUGACUAACAGGAAAGUAGGAGAGUGGCGAGUUGUAAGGAAAAUCGCGGAAGUCUCAAUUAAAGAAUUGAUGGUCAAGAUGGAGAAAGGCAAGGUGUAUGAAUUUACAAUCACUGCCACAAAUGGACUUGGUGAAAGCUUGGUUGACGCAACGAAGAUCAAAAGAAUAAAAGUUAUAGAUGUACAAAACAAAGACCGGAAAGCUCAAGAAGAAUGCAAGUGCUCAUGUCAUGACGUCAUUUUUAUUGCCAUAAUUGGAGUGCUCGUGUUAGUAAUCCUUGUGUUAUUUACUUACAUUCUCUGGUUAAACCAGAAAGGCGCCGGAAGAACACGGAGGGUGUAUAAGGACGAUGGUACCUAUGAGAAUGAUAUGAAGCUAAACGACCUGGAAUUAAGUUGUCUUGAGUCAAGUGACUUUGCCCAGCAUCCCGCAGAGUACAUGGACAUAAAAGAAACAAGCUUGGAUGAUAUUCAAUCUCAAGCUGCUGGCAAAGUUGCUAAUUACGCGGCACUUCAUACAUCAACACGUUCCUGGGAAGUGUCAAGGGAUCAUGUGACAAUAGAAAAAAUCAUCGGUAAAGGUGCUUUCGGCCAAGUUGCAAAGGGAAUGGUUAUAAACCCUCGCGGAAGGCCUGGAAGAACAACGAUAGCCAUCAAAAUGCUCAAAGGUAAAGCUUUACCCUUCUGCUAUUAAGAGUUCAGAAAAGUUUUACUCGUCGUCCAGAGUUACGAGGAAUAUGUGCUGAGAGUAGAUGACUGAAUUGCGAUGCAGUUCCGUUAAAGGAAACAUUCCCUCUUUCCUCCGUGUGAAAUUUAAUGAUUCUAAACCUCGAACGCAACAGAACUUGACAUGGUUUACAGGCCUUAUUCUUUAUAUGAGUGCUUUUUCGUUCGUUUCUGCUACUCUAUGCGUCGUAAACAAGUACUACUGAAACUCUCCUUGAUUUCUCCAAGUUUCAAAUGAUUUUGAAUUAGCAAGGUGACUUCCAUUUUUGUCACCUUUAACUUUUUACUAACCAAUUCACAAAGGCACAGAUGACUGU